CCGGGACGGGGCGGGGGGGGGGCCGGGAUCGGCGACGCGGCGGCGCAGCGGGACCGCGGAGGCGCCGCGCUGGUUUGGGAGACCCGGCCGCUUCCGCGCUCCGGCGGGAGAAGGGCCGGGGCGGAUGCCGGCGCCUGGCCGAGGCCCGCGGGAGUGAGCGCGGCCGCCCCGGAGCAGCGGAGCCGGGCAGCGAUGGGGGCCGGGAGCGCGGGCCACCCCCGCAGGCUGUGGGUGACGGGUGUCUGCGCGACGCUGCUGGUGACGCUGCUCCAGCCCGGCCCGGCCCGCGCCGAGGUGCGGCGGCGGCGGCAGGCGGCGGAGGAGCCCGUGGGGCCGGGCCCGCCGUGGGGCUCCUGGGCGCCGUGGGGCGCGUGGGGGUCCUGCUCGCAGCCCUGCGGGCCGGGGCUGCAGCGGCGCUCCCGCGUCUGCCUGCCCCCCGCGCCGUGGGGCGACCCCCCGCGCCCCCCCGCCCGCCCCGGGGGGCUGCCCCACGGCGUCGCCGUCCUGCCCCUCUUCCAGCCCGGCGGCCCCACGGCGCUGCCCCACGGCGCCCUGCCCCACGGCGCCCUGCCCCACGGCGCCCGGCCCCACGGCGUCCGGCCCCCCGUGCGGCCGGGCCGCUACGGCUACGGGAAGGCGCCCUUCGCCCUGCCGCUGCUCACCGACGAGGCCCCACGGCGCCGCCGGCACCCGCCCCACGGCGCCCCACGGCCAGGCGCCCCGGGCCCCGGGGGGGACCCCCAGCCUCCCCAUGGCACCCAGGGCCCCAUAGGUGACCCCCAACGUCCCCAUGGCCCCAGGGGGGGCCCCCAGCCUCCCCAUGGUGCCCCGGGCCCCAUAGGUGACCCCCAGCAUCCCUAUGUCCCCAAGGGUGACCCCCAACUUCCCCACGGUGCCCCAGGCCCCGUAGGUUACCCCCAACGUCCCCAUGUCCCCAAGGGUGACCCCCAACUUCCCCACGGCCCCCAGGGCCCCAUAGGUGACCCCCAGCAUCCCUAUGUCCCCAAGGGUGACCCCCAUCAUCCCCAUGGCCCCAGGGUUGACCCCCAACGUCCCCACGGCACCCAGGGCCCCAGAGGUGACCCCCAACCUCCUCAUGGCACCCAUGUCCCCAGGGGUGGCCCCCAACAUCCCUAUGGCACCCGCGUCCCCAUAGAUGACCCCCAGCAUCCCCAUGUCCCCAGGGGUGGCCCCCAACAUCCCCAUGGCCCCAGGGGUGACCCCCAACAUCCCUAUGGCCCCAGGGGUGACCCCCAUCAUCCCCAAGGCACCCAGGGCCCCAUAGGUGACCCCCAGCAUCCUCACAGCUCCCCUAUCCCUGAUGGUGACCCCCAGCAUCCCCACGGCACCCAGGUCCCCAUAGGUGACCCCCAACAUCCCCAUGACCCCAUAGGUGACCCCCAGCAUCCCCACGGCACCCACAUCCCCCGGGGUGACCCCCAGCAUCCCCAGGCCACCCCUGUCCCCAGGGGCGACCCCCAGAAGCCCCCCAGCACCCAGGUCCCCGGGGGUGACCCCCGGCUGCCCCCCGGGCUCCAGCCCCCCGGCACGGGCCAGGGCCGCCCGCGGGCCCCCUGGCAGCCGCAGCCCCCCAGCGCGGGGGCCGAGCCCCCCUGGGCGGGUGCCCCCCCGGGGCCGGGGGGCUGGAGCCCCCCCGACGUGGGGCCGGGGCCCUUCUCCUGCGCCGGCGACAGCCAGCAGCUCCGCGCCUGCCACCUCCAGCCGUGCCCCCCGGGGCAGCCGCCCCCCCCGGCGCUGCAGUGCGCCGCCCUGGACGAGCGGGAGUUCCUGGGGCGCCGCUACCGCUGGGAGCCCCUCCCCCAGGCGCCCCGGCUGCCGCGGUGUCCUGGGGGCGGCCGCCUGCCGCCCGCUCGCCGGCCCCCUCCGCGCCCCCGCCGGGCCCCGCCCGCUGCUCCGCCUGCCCCCCGGCGCCGCCCGCCUCCGCCUCGCCCAGCGCCAGCCCGGGCCCGGCUACCUGGUGCUGCGGAGCGCCGCGGGGCAGCCGCUGCUCAACGGCGGGGGGGCCGCGGGGCCGCCGGGCCGCUACGAAGCCGCCGGCACCGUCUUCGAGUACCGGCGCGGGGGGCCGGGGGGUCCCGAGGAGCUCAGCGCCCCCGGCCCCAUCACGGAGCCCCUCGACGUCUACAUGAUGGUGCAGCAGGACAACGCCAGCGUCACCUGGCAGUUCUCCCUGCCCCCCGACGAGGCCCCCCCGGACCCCCAGCACCUCGGCGCCCUGGUCGCGGUGUCCCCAGCCGCGGUGCCGGUGUCCCCCGCUGUCCCCGGGGCCGCCCCGCUGCCCGUCACCGGGGCCUCGGGGUGGGGGCCACCGGGCCGCCACAGCGCCCCGACCGGGGCCACCGCCACCACCGGGACCACGACGGCGAUGAUGGCAACGGUGGCGAUGACGAUGACGAUGACGGUGGCCACGGCCAUGGCCAUGGCGGUGACCCCGGUGUCUACUGGAAGCGGGCCGGCACCACCCACUGCUCCGCCACCUGCGGCAGAGGCUGGUGGCAGCCGCUGUUCCGGUGCGCGGCGCGGCGCUCGCAGCAGGAGGUGGCCGAGGAGCGCUGCCAGGGGCUGCCCCGGCCCCCCGCCGCCCCCGAGCCCUGCCACGGCCAGCCCUGCCCGGCCUACUGGGAGGCGGGCGCCUGGUGGCCCUGCAGCCGCUCGUGCGGGGGGGGGACGCAGCAGCGGGCCGUGCUCUGCCGCCAGCCCCUCGCCACGGGCAGCACCCGGGUGCCGCCAAGCCGCUGCGCCCCGCGGCCCCCCCCGCCCGCCAGCCGCCCCUGCCAGCUCCGCGCCUGCAGCCGCUGGGAGGUCCGCGGCCCCUGGAGCACGUGCUCGGUGCCGUGCGGGCCGGGCGAGCGCAGCCGGGCCGUGCGCUGCGUCGGCGAGGACGGUGACCCGCUGGGUGACAGCGAGUGCCCCGGCGCCCUGCGUCCCCCCGCCCGGGAGCCCUGCGACAUGGGGCCCUGCGCCCGCGCCUGGCUCCUCACCGACUGGAGUGACACGUGCUCGGCGGCGUGCGGGCCGGGGCUGCAGCGGCGCGCGGUGCUGUGCCUGGCGGGGGGCUGCGCCGGCCCCCGCCCCCCCGAGACGCGGGGCUGUGACAACGGGCCCUGCCACCCCGCUGCCCGCUGGUACACGGGGCCCUGGAGCCCGUGCUCGGCCGAGUGCGGGCCGGGGGCGCAGCACCGCGACGUGCUCUGCGUCCGUGGCCGGGGGGCCGCCGCCGCCGUGGCCGGGGGGGACGAGUGCGCCCCGCUGCCGCCCCCCCCCGCCCUGCGGCCCUGCGCCGCCCCCGCCUGCCCCCCCCGCUGGUUCGCCGGCCCCUGGAGCGCCUGCUCCCGCUCGUGCCUGGGGGGGGUGCAGGCCCGCGAGGUGCACUGCCUGACCCCCAACAAGACCCUCAGCACCCUGUGCCCGCCCCACCUGCGCCCCCCCAGCCAGCAGCCCUGCAACAGCCAGCCCUGCGCCCCGGAGCUCGACGCCGGCUGCCAGGACGCGUCGCCCAGCUGCGCGGCGGUGGUGCGCGCCCGCCUGUGCGUCUACCCCUACUACGAGCGGCUGUGCUGCGCCGCCUGUGCCCGCCCCCCCGCCACCCCGGCCCCCCGGUAGCCGCCCGCCGCCUGUGUCACCACCGACCGGGAGGGUUUAAUUUAUUUUGUAUUAAAGGUGGUUGCGCGGUGCCGGCCGCUCUCGUCUGCUCGCCCGCCGCGCCGGGGGGGCUGUGGCCGGGGCGUCCCCCCCCCAGCCCCGUGGUGACAGCUAUAGGCACUUAUAUACACAUAUAUAGCUCCUG